CCAUUCCUCCACCCACUGGGCAGGAGGAGCAGCCGGGAUGAACUUGUCUCGGUACCUGUUUAAAGGAGCCGCCGCUCGCGGGACAGGUGAACGUUUGUUUUUACGUCCUGGAAAAGUUUUCUAGAAAAAAAAGGGUCGGAGGGGGGCUGAAUUCUAGGAGUAUUGAGAAGAAGGGUCUAUUGGAGGGACUGGAGCGCGUGAACACAGACAUGCGGAAACUACAGAAGAAGCGAAGCCCUUUUGGAUUUUAGAACCCCCCCGGGCCGGGCAGCACGUCUCGGGAGGAGGGAGGAAAUGACACCCAGACGCCCGCUGGGACUACUUUGCUAUGCAUCGGCCGGUUUUUGCAGCGUUCCGUGGAAGUAGCGGCGGUUUCGGUGCGUGCGCGUGUGUGUAAGUGCGUGUGGGACCCGAGUCCACCAUGUCCAAAGCGCUCCAGAGGAGGAACCACUGGAGCACCAAAGUGAACCAGUGCCUGGUGGCGCGCAAUGCGCGCGGGGAGCUAAACGUGCGUCUCCGCGGCGGAGCGGAGAACGGAGAGUUCCCGUACGUCGGGCGGGUGGAGGAGGACGCGGUUUACCGGGACGGCGGACUGCGGGUGGGGGAGCUGCUCCUGGAGGUGGAGGGGCUCCCAGUGUCCGGAUUACCCCUCUAUGACAUUUAUAAUGUGAUGACGUGCUGCAGGGGGCCCGUCCGGUUAAAAACUGUGCGUCAAGGUCACAAGCUCAACAAGGACCUGAAGCACUACCUGAGCCUGAGGUUCCAGAAGUCCUCCCCCGACCACGAGCUGCAGAAGACCAUCCGGGCCAAUCUGUAUCGCCACGCCGUGCCUUGUACGACCCGCCCCCCUCGAGACGGAGAGGUCCCCGGGGUGGACUACAACUUCCUGUCCGUGGAGGACUUCCUGGAACUCGAGGACAGCGGCACACUGCUGGAAGUUGGAACGUAUGACGGUAACUACUACGGGACCCCCAAGCCGCCGAGGCAGCCCGUCGGCGGGACAGUGAUCGUCGGCGAUGCCGGCUCCCAGCAGUCCACCCCGAAGCGCACCAAGUCCUACAAUGACAUGCAACACGCCCGCGUAGUGCCCGCUGAGCACGACGAUGACGACCAGGCCUCGGAAAUGAACAACAGUUUUACAGGAUCUUUAGUGCGUAGCCUCUUUCCCUCUCCUCUGCUGUGCGCAGGUAACCCCAGCGAGCAGGACGAGAGCCGCGGCGGCGGCGCCCUCCGGCCAUACCCCGCCCGCGACAACGCUCCCUCCUGCGGUCUGAACAAUGCGGCCGCCUGCACCGCCGAGAGCGGGCAGCAGACGCUGGCGGAGCCGCAGGUGUCCCCCGAGGAGCCGCAGGGCGCGCUGCCCGACAACUGGGAGAUGGCGUACACGGAGAGCGGCGAGCUCUACUUCAUAGACACGGCAAAGGCACGCCACCCGGACACGGCUGUGUGUUUUCAGAGCUUCCACAACACGAAGACCACGUCAUGGAUGGACCCGCGGUGCAGGGACAAAGCCUCGCGGCCGCCGGAGGACUGUGACGACGAUGAAGAGGGGAUACAUUCGGAGGAGUUGGAGACGGAUCUGGAGCUGCCCCCGGGAUGGGAAAGGAUAGAAGACCCGGUGUACGGCGUGUACUAUGUAGAUCACAUCAACAGGAAGACCCAGUACGAGAACCCGGUGGUGGAGGCGCGGCGUCGCAAAAUCCUGGAGCAGCAGCAGCCGCCGCCACAGCAGCCGCAGCCGCAGCCUCCAGAAGGUGAGCGGUAUAUCCGAGAGUGGAUCGAGGAGCACUCGGCGGCGGCGGCUCCCUUAGCGAACUACGCGCCGAACCACCUGGAGACCUACAGGGACCCACAGGCCCCGCCCACUCUACCUCCCAUCCCCACGGGGGCCAAACGAGGGAAGCCUUUCUUCACGAGAAACCCGGCGGAGCUGAAAGGAACCUUCAUCAGCACCAAGCUGAAGAAGAGCCGCCGCGGCUUCGGCUUCACCGUCGUCGGGGGCGACGAGCCGGAUGAGUUCCUGCAGAUCAAAAGCCUGGUGCUGGACGGGCCUGCAGCCGUGGAUGGAAAGAUGGAGACAGGCGACGUCAUUGUCAGUGUGAACGACACCAUCGUGUUGGGCUACACCCACGCGCAGGUGGUGAAGAUCUUCCAGUCCAUCCCCAUCGGAUCCAUGGUGGACCUGGCCCUGUGCCGCGGCUACCCGCUGCCCUUCGACCCCGACGAUCCCAACACCAGCUUGGUGACCUCGGUGGCGAUCGUGGACAAGGAGCCGAUCAUCGUCAACGGGCAGGAGGCGUUCGACUCGCCCUCCAGCAGGGCCGGGCCCGCCAACGGGAUGAGGGAGGCGCGCUCGCGCAGCCCCUCCGAGGCGGCGUCCAACAGCUCGCACGGCUACUCCAGCGACGUGGUCAACCUGGCCUCGUCCAUCGCCACGCAGCCGGAGCUCAUCACCAUCCACAUGGAGAAGGGCGACAAGGGCUUCGGCUUCACCAUCGCCGACAGCCUGACCGGCGGAGGCCAGAGGGUCAAGCAGAUAGUGGACUACCCGCGCUGCCGCGGCCUGAAGGAGGGGGACAUUCUGAUGGAGGUCAACAAGAGGAACGUCCAGAACAUGAGUCACAAUCAGGUGGUGGACCUGCUGAGCAAAUGUCCCCGGGGCAGCGAGGUCACCAUGCUGGUGCAGAGAGGAGUGGUGGCAGCCAAGAGGAGUCCAAAGCUGGUGCACCAGUUGGAGAGGAAGGACAGCCAGAGCAGCUCCCAGCACAGCGUGUGCAGCCAUCGCAGCGCCCACACAGACUCCCCCGGCCACCCGCCCUGUGCCAUGCCCGGAGAGGCUGUGGCCCCCACCCCGGCUGCCCCCACCCAGCCCCUGCCGGGCCUGCCCCCCCACGACCCCGCGGACGGCAACCUCACCCUGCAGAAGAAGCCGGACCCCUUUAAGAUCUGGGCGCAGUCGAGGAGCAUGUACGAAAGCCGACUGCCGGAUUCACAGGAGCAGGACAUUUUCCUCUGGCGGAAGGACACAGGCUUCGGCUUUCGCAUCCUGGGAGGAAAUGAGCCCGGGGAGCCUAUCUACAUCGGCCACAUAGUGAAGUACGGCGCGGCGGACGAGGACGGCCGCCUGCGGUCAGGCGACGAGCUCAUCUGCGUGGACGGAACGGCGGUGGUGGGCAAGUCCCACCAGCUGGUGGUGCAGCUGAUGCAGCAGGCCGCCAAACAGGGCCACGUCAACCUCACCGUCAGGCGCAAGUCGGCGGCAUACGGAGUGUCGAAAGGAGAGGGCGACGUACCCCCGUCGCCGGCCUCUUCCCACCACAGCAGCACGCAGGCGCCGAGCCUGACGGAGGGCAAGCGGACCCCCCAGGGGAGCCAGAACUCUCUCAACACCGUCAGCUCCGGCAGCGGCUCCACCAGCGGCAUCGGCAGCGGCGGCGGAGGCGGCAGCGGCAGCACGGUAGUGCCGGCCUCCCUGCAGCCGUACGACGUGGAGAUCCAGCGCGGGGAGAACGAGGGCUUCGGCUUCGUCAUCGUGUCGUCCGUGUCCAGGCCCGACGCCGGCACCACCUUCGCCGGAAAUGCCUGCGUGGCCAUGCCCCACAAAAUAGGACGCAUCAUCGAGGGCAGCCCGGCGGACCGCUGCGGGAAGCUGAAGGUCGGCGACCGGAUUUUGUCCGUCAACUGCUGCUCCAUCACCAACAAGUCGCACUCGGACAUCGUCAACCUGAUCAAAGAAGCCGGGAACACGGUGUCGCUCCGGAUCAUCCCAGGUGAUGAAUCUUCCAAUGCUUCUCUGCUGACUAAUGCUGAGAAGAUCGCCACCAUCACCACCACACACACACCUCAACAGACAACCGAGUCACGGAACAACUCAAAGUCAAAAGGAGCUCCUCCCCCUCCGCCCACACACAGUCAGGACGCCGAGUUCUAUUCCGUGGACCUGGAGCGGGACAGCAAAGGCUUCGGCUUCAGCCUGAGAGGGGGACGGGAGUACAGCAUGGACCUGUACGUGUUGAGACUAGCGGAGGACGGGGCGGCUGUCAGAAACGGCAAGAUGAGGGUGGGGGACGAGAUCCUGGAGAUCAACGGGGAGAGCACAAAGAACAUGAUGCACUCGCGCGCCAUCGAGCUGAUCAAGAACGGCGGUCGGAGGGCGCGGCUCGUCCUCAAGCGGGGGGACGGAUCUGUCCCCGAGUAUGACGGCAGCAGUGACGGGCACCCUGCCGCACCCGGGGCACAAAACACUCCGGAAGUGAGAACGCUGCCGCCUAACAGCCGAUAUCACACCUCAUCGGAGUCCAGUUAUCCACCAGACCUUCACAAACCAUCACGCCAGGAGGAGGCUGCGCGUGGCCGGGACAGGGAGAGGGCCGGGUCAGAGCAGACGGACUACCAUGGUCGGCAAUUUAACCCCCACCAUCAUCACACCUGGAAUAACAAUCACAGUCAAAGCACCCCCAGACAGCCGUCUCCAGACAACAGUUACAGCAGCGGCAAGAAGAGCCGAGGCCGCAAGGUCAAGAAGUCUGAGUCGGAGAGCGGCAUCUCCAAACUCCUGAAGACUCUGAGGAAAGACAGCUCGGGGAAGAAGGCCGCCGCCGCCCAGAAGCUCAGGGGGCGGGAGCCCUCGGGCAGCAGCUCCACCUUGGACGGAAGGUUUCGCCAGCAGCGCCGCGGCUCCCUCGACCGCUCGCCCACGCCCAAGCGGGCCCCGUCCCCGGACCGCCGGCGGGCCAAGUCCAUGGACCGCAGGGCGCACCGGGACCGCACGCCCGAGAGGGAGCGUGACGACGGCGGGUUCCUCGCCGUCAUGCCCGAGCGGCGGCUCCACGAGCGGCGGCUCCUCAAGAACGGGGAUUCCUCGCCUCCGGGCAGGGGCCGCGCCUGCGACAGGGCGUCCGCCAAGAACGCCAACCUCCUGAGGGACUCCUCCCCGGAGAGGGCGGAGGAGCGGUGGCCGACCAACGGGACCCCGCAGCGGCGUUGCCGGGCGGAGCGGGACUCUUCCCCCGACAGCAGCUACAGCCGGGACGAGCCGAGCUUCGCGCCGCCCCCCCGGCCGGUGGACUACUUCGGCGCGAUGAAGAACAACAACGCGGCGGGCCACAAGAACAACGCGGCGGUCCGCGGCGCCCACCAGCUCCCCGAGCCCAAGAGGAGGCUGUACAAAGAAAGCCCCGAAGACCUCAGCAUCUAGCGCCUCCCUCUCCUCUAUCUGUGCAGACUUUGUACAACACACUGGACUUCUGAGGAUACUAAAACUCUUUGUGUUUCACCUGGUCCACCGGUUUAUUGGUUGAUUUGAUCUACUCAACUACUCGUGAUCCCAUCCAGAGAUUCAUAGAACAGCAGGAAUUCAGUCCUUCCAUCAAUUCAUGCUGGUUGUUUUUUGUCAUUGUUAUAGUUAUUUUGAACAUAACCAGAGGUUGAUGUACUAUUGUAAAGGUAUUGUCUGUGCCUGCAUAUAAAAUCAGUGAUAUUGCUUUUUGUAGGCAUUUGCUGAAUCUAAAUAUUUGUUCGCUGAGAGGUGAAAUGAAACAAUGCUUCCAGUUGUGAAAUCUUCUAAGCUUGUUUUCAACUUGUAUUUAAUUUUUUUUUUUUUUUUAGAUGUCUGUUUCAUUCCUGAAUUGCUUCACUGAACAAACGAUAGCACAAGAGCCGCGAAAGUCACGUUCAGGCAGAGAAGAAAUUCUAAAUUUAAGAUCUGACAGUGAAAGCAGAGUAAUAAUUAUAUAAAUAAUAUGUGACUUUGUGUCCCUUAUUUUAUUUUUUAAAUUGGCACAUAUCCUGAGCGAGCUUCAUUCCUUGAAGGCCUGAGGAAGACGAGCACACUGAAGGAGAGCAUGCUGUACCUUUUACUUUGUGUCGCACCCUUGAACUCGACGGCAGCUCCAGCCUCCGACAAACACGAUCACACCACCGGUGACCAAACUGGCAAACGGCGUUAUUAUUUUCUCCCCAAAAUAGCUUCUCGCGGUCGGUCGGCGUGUGCCGACGUACCGGCGGAAGGAACCUGGCUCGCUUUUACUUCACGGCUGAAAGUUCUAGAUUCUCUGUAGCGGGAAAAAUUAGAGAAAUCUGAAUUCGUUGCUCUUGACGAGUCGGCAUUACGCCACAAAACCAGCGUCCAGCUGCCGUAACACACGACUCCUUCCAACCCCCCCCCAAAAAAAGAGUGUAAAUUCCCCCUGUGCAAGGUGCAUCUGUGAAAUGAAGUGUAGUUGAACUCCUUCCUCUUGUAGCUGUGAGCGGGAAUGAGGAACAUGAGGAACGCAGUGAUUGUUGGCCUCGCCCUCGUGUUGCCGUCGACGACACAAAGAGCUGACGUGGUGAUAAAGUCGACCGACCUGCCGCGCUGAGCCAAGCCGAGCCGUGCUGAGCCACGCCGUCACGCCACUGGAGUCUGACUGCUGCUUUAUGAUGUGUUUUGUGUGUAUUCUCUGUUUUAUGUUUCAUUAAAGAACUAAAAUAUAUUGGGAUAAAAAAAACCCCCACCACAAACGCAUUGUUUGAUCACUGAUGUCGCCAUGGUACUGUAUUAACAAAACAACGAAAAAGAAGAAAAAAAGGAACACAUUUAUGAAGUUAACCUGUUGGCCAUCACCUGUAAAGAUUUUUUUUUCCCAAUGUAACUAUUAGGAACCUUUCAAGGAAUAAAAUGUUGCCUUUUUCUUGUACAAAAGAGAAAUUUAUGGAAAACCUCAGCAGUGAGGAAUGUGAUAUUGUGUUUAUAUCUCUGAAAUGGACCUGAUGAUUUAUGGGAAAUAUGUUGAUUUACUCUGGAUCAGGUAUGUAAAGACGUUUUAAAAAUGAAAGUCUGUAUUUGGUCGAUCAGAAACUGUUUGAUGGUUUGAAUCUCUCUCGAUGGUUAGCCUGCCUUUGUAUUAUAAAGCACUUGUAUGCAGUCUGUGUUCUUCAAGCAUUAUUUCUUGCAAUGUGCUCCGGACACAAUGCUGUCUCUGUGUUGAUGAAAGCAGUACAUGUAUAUGGGCCAAUCUUUUUUAUAAAACUAUGCAUAUAUAAAUACUACAUUGUUCAUAGCUUUAUUUGACCCAUGAAGCUAUACAUAACAUUAGUCUAAGUACAAGUAGAUGUGGACUUAUCCAGCUUCUUUCCUUGAGAUGGAUUACGAUGUAUAUGUAGCUAUCAAAAGAAGUCUGUGAAUGCUAUUUUUAUUAUCAAAUAAAGUUUUCCAUACAAAUUCAAAAGGAUUUCAUAUUU